AUGGAGUGGACGGAGGAGAAUUGUUUACGCUUAAUUGAAACAUAUAAAAGAUUUCCAGUAUUAUGGGAUCCUAAAGAUCAAUAUUACUAUAGAAAAAAUCUAAAAAAUUAUGCGUGGAAAGAAAUAGGUGCUAUAAUGGGAAGCGAUCAUGAACAAUGCCAUAGCAAACUGUUAAGUCUUUUAUCGUCUUUUAGAAGAGAGAAAGGAAAAAGUCAAAAAAGUAAAGGGACAGGGAAAGGAGCAUCCGAGACUUACAAAAGUAGAUGGUUUGCCUACGACGCUUUUUCCUUUUUAGCUGAUCGGGAUAAACCAAGGAAACGUUUAAAUACUGUAAGUAAUUAA